UUGUUCCACGUGGACCCUGUCAUUGACCAAAACACUCCGUCUCCGUGGCAGCCGGGGAGCGCGCGGGCCGCGCCGUUGCGCAGUGCAGACUGGGAGGCACGAGCAGGGCGGUGCGGGGCGGUGCGGGGCAGAGGUGUUCUCCAGACAUGAACCUGUGAACGGAAACCGGCCGGAUUUAAAGCUGUGCUCCUGUCCACACAUCAACUAUGCAGACAGGUGUGUUCAUGGAGUCUCACCUGGGCAGGUUGUUCCCAUGUGUCCUGUUAAUGCUCAUACACUUGUGCCUGGCUGCACCGGGUCUACCUGGGACACAGAGGGAGGAAUCAGUAGAAGCCCGCGCUCAUUCACUAGCCAAUCCCUUUGGCUCUGGAGAGGAGGAACGCAGGUUGCUGCAAAGUUACAUUCAAUCCACUCUGAAGGAUGACCAAGGAGGACCAGAAAUCAGCACCUGGGAGCAAGAGGUAUUCUUCCUGUUUCGUCUCUAUGACUACGAUCGCAGUGGGCUGCUGGAUGGCUUGGAGAUGAUGAAGCUACUCUCUGACUAUAACUCCCAUCAUACACCGGGAGCACAGGCCAAUGAGCUGGUGGUGUCUAUGGUAGAUUUUUUACUCCAGACUCAAGAUAUAAACCAGGACGGCAUGUUGGCCCCAUCCGAGCUGCUGUCCCCUUCAUUACCUCACACACAGGAGCAGGAAGUGGCAAACGCCAGUACUGGUGAGGAGAAGGCAGCAGCAGAGGAGGUUCAUGAAGAGUUGAAGCCUCAUGAGGAAAAACAACCUCAACAGGAAGUAAAGGCAGAAGAAGAGGAACUCGUAAAGCAAGUAGACGAACAACAUGGACAACAAAUCCCAGAAGUCCAAGCAGCAGAACAAGGACAGAACCACAAAGACCCUGUUCAUCUGGGGCAACCGGAGAUAUGAAGGCUCACACACGCUGAUUUCGUCCACACUAUUAUCUCGAGAGGACUGAUAUAAUUAAACACUGCUCUCAACUGAGAGGACUUCUUUAUUCCCACAGAUGAUCUUUCCCUUGAUUUGAAUUCUUGAUUGAAUCUUCUGAAUCUGUUUCAGCUGACUGUGGAACAUGUAGACGCUUGAUAAAUGGAAAUAGGGAUCUGUUGUAAUUAUUCCUGUCACUUUAUUGAAAAUGUUUUCUACAACAAUUACUUAUUGGUGUUAAUUAUUAAUGCAAAUAUUUCUAGAGCUGUAAAAGGGACAGAAGUCCUGAAUUCAAAAUGCAAUAUUAUCCAUAUUAGUAAAACAGAAGCCAUCAUUAAUAGAGAUUAAUACGUUGCAAUAUUUUCAUUCUUUUAAUUGUAUUUAUUUACCAUUUUCUGCCAUACCUGAUCAAAAAAAUGGCAUAUUUUGAAUGUAUUUGAGUUUUUCAAUGUAGCGACUGUUUCACACAUACACUGAUUGGCCUUAUAGUGUCUGACCCGCCCUAGACUAGACUAAGAUGACCUCUGUUUAGCCAGUAUGAUAAGGCCCACUGGAAUUUAAUUUGGUCUGUAUGUCUGAAUUUCCUCAGCCUAAACAAUGACUUAAACCAUUGAAUGAAUUAGGUUAUUCAAAAAACACAUCAUCACUGGCCAAGUCUUACUUUCUUUUGAAGCACUUGAAUAUGAUUUAGUCAAACUUUUGAUGAUAAUGUGCCUGAAUGAAUUGGGAACCAUGUAGUUACAGAACAGUGCUGUUUUCUUAAUGUCUUACAUCCUUCUACCAACAGUCUUUCAUCUUCAUAAUUAAGGUCAGAAAGGCCCUGUUGAAGUAGAUGUAAUAUGACGUUCACCCUUUAUCUGCAAACUUCAAAUCUGUUUACAGUAUAGGGUUUAUUAUUUGUUGUAUUGUUUUGUUUACCCCUUUUUAACCAUUUCUGCAUUUAUACAGCUGGAGAAAAUAAACAUUUCUUUG